GGAGACGAGACCUCUAGCUAUACAGAUCCAGAGCAGACAGUCGCCAUGGCAAAUAGUAGUGGAUAACCGAUUGGGAAGAGCGGCGACGCUAACAUCAGCAUCCUGAUGCUCUGAUACGCCUUGACUAGCGCAAGCAAAGAGAGAGAGAGAGCCGCCGGACUCGCCACUCCGUCUCCAUCCCACACCCCGGGAGCUGUCUCCGCGCUGCCUCGUUCUUGCUCCCCUCGUUCCCGUUGUGUUUGCGGAUCCGCUCCUCACACCUGCUGCACGACGGUGGUCUCGUUGCUCGGGAUUGAGAGGCGAAGUAGCGACGCCUUUGUUCAGACUCCGCAUCACUGAAGAGAGAAGGAAAGCAGCGAGCGACGAGAGGAAGAAAGGAACAGGCCCCUCACUCCAGCCCUGAGGAUGGGCACCACGGAGGCCACGCUGCGCAUGGAGAACAUGGAGGUGAAGGAUGAGUGGCAGGAUGAAGACUUCCCCAGACCCCUGCCAGAAGACAUGGAUAUGGAAUGCAGCCUCACUGAUGACAUCAGGACCUCUCCGCCCACCUCUCUGAAUGUGGACGGGGGGGGCGGGGCUCACAGGAAGAGGCGCACCCUGGUGGCCCCCGAGAUGAGCCUGUCCCUCGACCGGAGCGAGGGCUCCCUCCUGUCCGACGAGUUCCUUGACACUCCAGACGAUCUGGACAUCAACGUGGACGACAUCGAGACGCCCGACGAGACCGACUCCCUCGAGUUCAUCGGCAACGGCAACGAGCUGGAGUGGGAAGAUGACACGCCCGUGGCCUCUGCGAAGGCACUUCCCGGGGAGGGGUCGGAGCCAGGGGGCGAGGAGGGGGAGGGGUCAGCGGCUAACGGGCGCCUGUGGAGGACGGUGAUCAUUGGCGAGCAGGAGCACCGCAUCGACAUGCAAGUCAUCCGGCCCUACCUGAGAGUGGUGACGCAUGGGGGUUACUAUGGCGAGGGCUUGAACGCCAUCAUCGUUUUCGCGGCCUGCUACCUCCCUGACAGUAACUGCGCGGACUACCAUUACAUCAUGGAGAACCUCUUCCUGUAUGUGAUCAGCAGUCUGGAGCUGCUGGUAGCCGAGGACUACAUGAUCAUCUACCUGAACGGGGCCACACCGCGACGCAGGAUGCCCGGUCUGGGCUGGCUGAAGAAGUGCUACCAGAUGAUCGACAGGAGGCUUAGGAAGAACCUGAAGUCCCUGAUAAUCGCUCACCCCUCCUGGUUCAUUCGCACCAUCCUGGCAAUCUCCAGACCCUUCAUCAGUGUGAAGUUCAUGAAUAAGAUCCGCUACGCCCACAGCCUGGAGGAACUGGGGCAGAUCAUCCCCAUGGAGCACGUGCAGAUCCCAGAGUGUAUCCUGCAGUUUGAAGAAGACAGACUUAAAGCCCGUUGGAGGAGGAACAUCAGCAGCCGGCUGAGACAGAGAGGCCUGGAACAACGACAGCAGAGCAGUCAUAGAACUGUGAAGGGGAUGGACAGCAGCUGCUUAACAUUCAGAAAAAAAAGAAACUGAAGAAAAUUCAUGUUUACAGUGCGGGAGGAUGGAAAGAGAGAUGAAUCCAUCAAUCUUUUAUUUUUAAUAAGUGACACUAACCCUAACCCUAACCCCAGUAUUCCAAUGAUAUUCCAUUGUCAGUAUUCUGGAACUGUGGCAUUCAUUCUGUGCAAUUUUGAUAUCGGAUCUGACACAGAAAAUCUAAACUAGUUGGGAACUUCAUAAGCACUUUUUUAAAAUAUUUAUUUAGCUAUUCCUCCUUGAUUCAUAUGCUUGCUAAUAUUUUAUUUUCAUGACGGUAGAAUUUAAGCAGGAUGAGGGUAGGUGGU